AUGGACGCCUCAGAUCACUCCUUCAAAGUUCUGCAGUUGAUCUCUCACCCUCACUUUGUCUUUGUCGUCAAGCCUCAAGCUUGUUGUGGCAUUGUUACGAAGAAUAUGUCCCAUUAUGCUGGGUACGUGGAAGAUGAAUACGAAAUGGAAGGUGUAGAUGAUGAUAAUGAUGAUGAGUUUCGUGGUAGAGAAAUGGGCGGCUCAGAUUCUGACGUGGAUGAAUAUGACUACUUGAACAGCAAAGCACCUGAUACAACUGCUGCUCAAGCAAGAAAAGGAAAAGACAUCCAAGGUAUUCCUUGGGAUAGACUUAGCAUUACUAGAGAAAAAUACCGGCAAACUAGGUUAGAACAAUACAAGAAUUAUGAAAACAUUCCUAAUUCUGGAGAAGGGUCAGGGAAGAUGGAUUGUGCAAGUUUUGCAGGCAACAUUAUUUCUCCAAUGAACUUGGAGACCCUUGUGGCGAAUGGGAACAUAUCUGAAAGAUCUUGA